AUGAAGCUUCACCAAAGUGUGCUCUUCCUGCUUGGAGCUCUCACGACCUCCGCCCUCGCUGCCAACUAUACCAUCGCCGGUUUCUCAGAAUGCGUCGUGUCCUACUGGGAACAAACCUAUCCUGAUUGUCCCAUCACGGAUACCUCAUGUGUCUGUACCAAAGAAAACAGUCUGAUCGACUAUGCGUCAAGCGAAUGCACCCCUAAAGAGUAUUUCCAUGCUAGGCACCUUUUCGAAGAAGAAUGCAACAUCCGCCCGCGCACCAGCCCUUCCCUCGUGGACCCGUCGGUUCUUGCGCCUCUUGUUCUAGCUACCGUCUUCUUCGCCAUCCGACUGUGGGCCAAGUUUGAGGGUCUGGCAGGCGGCUGGGGACUGGACGACACUACAAUUACGCUCUCAUUUGUCUUUGGCAUUGUUGAAUAUGCCAUGUAUGACAAGAUGAUCUACUACGGGUUCGGCCAGAACAUCUGGGAUGUCCCGUUCGAGCACAUCACCCUGUUCUAUAAGCACUUCGAAGUGCUCGCCAUGGUGUACAAGACGCAAAUCUCGCUCGCCAAAAUCUCCGUCCUGCUCUUCCUGCUGCGCAUCUUCCAGUCGCGCGUUUUCCGCAUCUUCGCCUACAUCAUGAUGGGAGUCAAUGCCUCCAUUGGCAUCACCUUUGCUCUGGUCGAUCUGCUCCGAUGCACCCCGGUCCACCUCGAUUGGGAUGGAUGGGCCUCGGACUACGCGGGCGGCACCUGCAUCAACUUCAUCGACGCCGUCCUCGUGCACUGCUGUGUCAACAUCGUCGCCGACGUCAUCAUCGUCAUUCUACCCGUUUACGAGGUCUCCAAGUUGCAGUUGCCGAUCGGCAAGAAGAUCACCGUGGGAAUGAUGUUCAUGAUGGGUUUGAUCCUCACUGUUGUUGCGAUCAUCCGCCUCGUGGUCUUCUGGAACCACCGCUGGGGGGUGAACCAAACUGCCGGUCUCCUCCCCCUCAUCCACUGGUCGGUCAUCGAAUCGCAGAUCGCUAUUCUCACGACCUGUCUCCCGGCCGCCCGCGCGGUGGCUGCCAAACACAUCCCGGGCAUGAACAGCCAGGCCUCGCGUCGGACGUACGCCUCGCGCGGUCCUUCGUUCCUCUCCAAGGGCCAGUCACAGGCCAACACCAAGAUCUCCAAGUCGGUCAACUUCUCGGUCGACUAUGUGUCGCGUGGUCAGCGCGAUGACAACAGCGAGGUCCACCUGGUCGAGAUGGACGGGAAAUACAGUCGAGUUUGACCAGACAGACCCACAGAAUAAUUACUGCAUCCAUGAGGAACGGGGUUAUGGAGUCAUGACGGGUUGCUUUUAUUCAUUUGGUUGAUUGUUUAUGGGUUCAUUUUUGUUUGAUACCCUUUCAAAGUCUACUAUUUUGGGGAGGGAGGUAUUCUGGCACUUAUCAGUCGUUCAUUCAUAGAAAUUUCUUAUGUUCCG